AUGUCUGGUGGUAAAGGUGGUAAGGCAGGUUCUGCCGCAAAGGCUUCUCAAUCUAGAUCUGCAAAGGCAGGUUUGACCUUUCCAGUCGGUAGAGUUCACAGAUUGUUGAGAAAGGGUAACUAUGCUCAAAGAGUUGGUUCAGGUGCACCAGUUUACAUGACUGCUGUCUUGGAAUAUUUGGCUGCAGAAAUUUUGGAAUUGGCUGGUAAUGCCGCUAGGGAUAACAAAAAGACCAGAAUCAUUCCAAGACAUUUGCAAUUGGCUAUCAGAAAUGAUGAUGAAUUGAACAAGUUAUUGGGUAAUGUGACAAUUGCUCAAGGUGGUGUUUUGCCUAACAUUCACCAAAACUUGUUGCCUAAGAAGACCGCUAAACCUGGUAAGGCUUCUCAGGAACUAUAA